AUGGAAGUCUCGUUUGGCCUGUGGAAACCAGCGUUGACUUUGAAAUCAUCUUUCCCAACUGCUGGAGGAGCAAGUGGUGGUGCAAGAGGUGGGCCUGGUGGUGGAGUUGGGGGUGGAGCAGGCGGGAGAGUAGGAGGGGCUGGUGGAGGCAUUGGUGGUGGUGCCAGAGGUGGAGCAGGUGGAGGCGUGGGAGGAGGGGCUGGAGGAGGCCUUUGCGAAGGUGCUGGAGGUGGGGCCGGUGGCGGAGUAGGGGGUGGAGCAAGCUGCGUUGCUGCUGGGAGGCGGAGGUAA